AUGUUGAAGGGUUUCAAACGUUCAGGAAGAGACAGCGGAACGAAAAGCAGGAUCACCUCUGCCGAUAUUUCAGCGCCGACAGCAGACAAUAAUAAUGUGGUCAAACAUAUUAAAACUGUUCCCUUAAGGUCUGCCUCUUCAGCGUCAAACAACUCUGGGAAAGGGCCAGACAAGAUAAUGCCCGUGGAGAAGGUUAUUAAGGCGCUGUAUAACUAUCAAGCUCAAUCGCCCAAGGAAUUAUCUUUUGUCAAAGGCGAGUUUUUCGUCGUCCAGGCUGAGGACAAAGAAUGGUAUGAUGCAUUCAACCCUCAAGACCAAAGAAGAGGCAUGGUGCCCAAGAGCUACUUUGAAUCUUUUGCUAGGGGUGGCCCAGAGUUUAACAAUGGCAACGGGGUUCCUUUAACACAACAUCAGCAGCAGUUGCCCGUUAACUCCAGUUUUAUCUCACAAAGAUCUGGCUCAUUAUACGCCAUUGUCCUGUAUGACUUUCGUGCUGAAAAGUCAGAUGAACUUACAACUUACGCUGGGGAGAAUCUUUUCAUUUGCGCCCACCACAAUUACGAAUGGUUUAUUGCUAAGCCAAUUGGCCGCUUGGGAGGUCCUGGGUUGGUUCCGGUGGGUUUUGUCAGUAUAAUCGACAUUGACACUGGCUACGCGACAGGAAAUGAGACCAGCGAGGAUAUUGCUUCAGUUAAUUUGCCUACGGUACAAGAAUGGAAGAACAACGUUGCCAAGUAUAAAGCAAGCAACAUAUCACUGAGCUCACCCGAAAUUCAGAAACAGCGGUCUAAUUCUCACGGGAGCUCGUUACAACAACAGUAUCUCCCUAGCCGCAGCUCCUAUCUUAACUCUGCGAUAACGCACGCAGCUGUGGACUCUUUUUCUCUCGAAGGAGACAAGUUUUGGUUUAACGUAAUUUGCGAGCUUCCCGAUGGCAGAACCCGAAGCCUUAAACGAUAUUACGAGGAUUUUUACGAUUUACAGGUAAAACUUCUCGACGCAUUUCCUGCCGAGGCUGGAAAGUUAAGAGAUGUUAGGGGCCAAUGGACAAAACGUAUUAUGCCUUAUAUUCCAGGUCCUGUACCGUACGUCACAGAUUCAAUCACAAAAAAGAGAAAAGAAGAUCUCAAUAUUUACGUUCGUGACUUGAUAGCGCUCCCAAUGCAUAUUUCUCAAUGUGAUAUGGUCAGAUCUCUCUUUACCAUCAGAAAUAACGGAUUUGACAAAGAGUUCACACAAGAGCCUACUAUGACUCUAAACCAAUUCCCUGCUACUUACGAAGAUCCGCAACAUUCCAGGGCGGGAUCCAGGAAAAACGAUGAUUCGACCUUAACAGGCGACGAUUUAAAAGUUUACGAAAUGAUGAACGACCUUUCGCUAAAGAACUCCAAACCUCACUCCAGGCCGCCAAGUGCCUUACCUCCUCAACUUAAACCAACAAAGAUAAAAUUUUAUUAUAAGGACGACAUUUUCGCGCUACUACUGGAUGCAAACAUUACAUUCAUUGAACUUCGCGACAAAAUCUCUCCUCGUAUAGAAAGUCCAUCUUUCAAGCUUUUUGUUAGGCUCAAUGAUUCCCUGGGCGAAGAGGUCACAGGCGAUGCACAGGUUUCGGAGGUAAUUCAGGGCAAGCUGAAAAUAGCGGUUCAAGAUGCCUAA